AUGUCUCUACCUGAAGGCUAUGGAUACAUCCCGAGCUCAUUGAUUACCAUAGGGUGGGUCCUUGUCUGGCAGGGCAUCAUGGUUGGAAGAUACCGCAAGAAAGCAGGGAUCGAGUAUCCUCAACCGUAUGCCGAGCAAGCUCAGGUUAAAGAUUCCUCUGCAGCCCUCCGUUUUAACUGCAUGCAGCGUGCACACCAAAACACGCUUGAAUCGGCACCCGUGGUAUUUGUUUCAACUGUUGUGGCGGGUCUGAAAUACCCUACGCUAGCUGCUGCCAUAUGUGUUGCAUUUUCCUUCGCGCGCGUCGUUUAUACGAUUGGAUACAAGUCGGGCCAACCAAAGAGGCGGAUUUAUGGAACUGUGCUCAGCGGUUUGUCAGUGCUUGGGCUAUUGUCGACCGCUACAUACGCUGCUUACCAGCUCGUUCCGCCGUGUUAA